AUGCGCACGCCGCGCAGCAAUAGUCGCUUGAGCAUGAGCAGUCGAAAUGGGGGCAGUCGCGCGUCCGACGAGGAUGGAAAGACGGCAGUGAAAGUUGCUGUCCGAGUGCGACCGCCCCUCAAGCCCACGGAUCCCGGCUACGAGCUGAUCCCGCAGCGAUUCCAGCGGUCCAUGGUGCACGUUACGAGUCCUACGAGUGUCGCGGUCGAUGUCCCCCAAGGUCGUAAAUUGUUCGUGUUUGACCGCGUCUUUCCCGAGACGGUAGAGCAGGAUGGGAUCUGGGAGUACUUGAGUGAAAGCGUGAGCUCUUUUGUCCAGGGUUACAAUGUUUCCAUUCUCGCGUAUGGUCAAUCAGGCGCGGGAAAGUCAUACACAAUGGGCACGGCAGGGCCAAGCGAACAAAGCCAGCCAUCGGCAAUGGGUAUCAUCCCACGCGCCGCGCAAGCCCUGUUUGAGAAACUCGAUGGAACAAAACACACACGCAACAGCUCCAGCUCGACGGGCCUUCGGACUCCGCAGCGAUACUCUAUGAGCUCAGCAUCGAGCUUUGCCAGGCCCACCGUUGAAAAAAAUUGGCAAUUGAAGGCCACUUACGUCGAGAUUUACAACGAGCAAUUGCGCGAUUUGUUGCUUCCCGACUCGAUGUCCACAACAGACCGCAGUGCGGUGGCCAUUCGGGAGGACGCCAAGGGUCGCAUUCUCCUGACGGGCCUUCACCAGGUCAACAUUAAUUCCGUCGACGAUCUGAUCGGGGCCUUGAACCAUGGGUCAACCAUUCGACAGACAGACUCGACUGCCAUCAACGCAAAAUCCUCUCGCUCUCACGCCGUGUUCAGCUUAAAUCUCGUUCAAAAGAAAACUACGCUGCAGCCAAUGUCCCCGAAGGAAAAACGAAUGUCCAUGCCCCUGGACCCGGUCUCUGGAGGCGAAACCGUAACAGUGGACAGCAAGCUUCAUUUUGUGGAUCUGGCCGGAAGUGAACGUAUGAAGAACACCGGUGCCUCUGGUGAACGAGCCAGGGAAGGCAUUUCAAUCAACGCUGGUCUUGCUGCCCUUGGCAAGGUCAUUUCACAGCUCUCCUCUCGACAGUCAGGCUCUCAUGUGUCCUACCGAGACUCCAAACUCACUCGCCUCUUGCAGGACUCGCUGGGGGGUAACGCCUUGACCUAUAUGAUUGCCUGUGUGACUCCUGCAGAAUUUCACCUGAGUGAAACCCUGAAUACGGUUCAAUAUGCCCAGCGAGCGAGAGCUAUUCAGAGCAAACCCCGCAUUCAACAGGUCGCCGACGAGAGUGAUAAGCAAGCUCUAAUUGACCGCCUGAAGGCCGAAGUGGCCUUCCUUCGUCAGCAGAUUCGCAACGCCGAAAGCUCCGAUCGCCGAGAAACGUCUGUCGAACGGGGUGAGCGCAAGAGCGAACAAGUACUUCAGCUGCAAAAUCAGCUGCUUGACACGCAGGAAAGUUAUAAUGCCUUAAGCCAACGCCACACAAAGCUCAUUUCCCAACUGGCCAAUGAAUCGACGGCCAAAGGUGAGGUUGACACUCAUCCAGAUGAUCUGGGCAAGAGCUCGAUUGAAAGAAUCCAGCGCUCAAAAUCCUUUGCCGAGUCCGUGGAACAGGUCGUUGUUGAGUAUGAGAAGACGAUCCAGGCGUUGGAGUCGUCUCUUUCUGAUACUCGUGCCUCGCUAGCCACGACGGAGAGUACCCUCCUCGAGCGCGAGAGCAAAUGUACCUAUGUCGAGACGGUCAACUCGCAGCUCCAGUCUCGGCUUCAGAAGCUUCUGGACCGCGAGGCAAGCACGGAGUCUUAUCUUCAUGAGCUUGAAUCCAAGCUUGACGGAGCUUCGACGGGUGAGGAGAAGCACGCCACUAUUGUCGAUGAGCUUCGCAAAGAACUCAGCCGGGCCCGAGAAAACGAAGUCGGAUGCGAAGAGUAUAUCUCCACAUUAGAGGAUCGCCUUGCCGAAGCUGAUCAAGACAUGGAGAUGAUGACGCGCGAGGUAAUUCGACUGGAGCAUGUUAUCCAGCGCCAACGAGGUCUCGGGGCUUUGGACAACCUGCUCCAUGAUUUAGACACAAGGCAUGAUCAAAAAAGCAUUCGGGGACAGGUCCAGCCCGAUGGCUCUGAGUCACUCCAAACUCCUCCGCAAACAAAGGCUCCCCAUCACAAGCAUACGCCCUCCUUAGAUGUCUUGAAUGAAGCUUCGGAGACCGCAAUUCCUGAAUCGGACGAGGAUCUUGCCGAGCCUAUUCCGGAGGCAGAUGAGGACUUCGAGUCCGAAGAGGGGAACAAGCCCGACCUGGCCCUGGAGGCACCUGGCGAGGAUCUUAAGGUUCUCGAGAGCGUGACCAACCAACUUCAAGCGCGUCGCGCCGAGGCUGCGGACGCGGACCCUAUUGCUAGUCCUGCACAAUCCAAAUUUGUCGUUGACAAGCUUGAGACUGUGACACAAGAGCUCUUCGAACUUCGUCUGAGCCACGAAAACACCCUCAGUGAGUAUGAAUCGCUCGAGGCCAAGUACGAAGAGGCUUUAAAAGCACUUUCAGAAAUGCAGCGUGACAAGGCCCAUCAGGCUCGCCAACCAGCCUCCGCUGUUCAAAACGAAUUGUCGCGCCCGGUGUCUUUUUUAGGCGAAACCACCGCUCCGACCUCGAAGUCUGGAGCACAACACUCAUUCUCGCAGUCGCUCUCAUCGGAGUUAUCCUCGGGCGCGGAGUCGCCGCGUUUGCGCGAGCUUUCUGAAGACCCUCACCAUGACGGCCUUAUCACCCCUGCAUCUCCCGUCGGGUCCACUAUCAUCGCUUCUACCGACAGCGAAGAAGCAGACAAAAUGCGCAAGGUCCUGGCCGAGCACCAAGCCGAUGCUGACCGUAUCACCCAGCGAUACGCUGAACUGCAAGUUGAGCACGAGGAAAUGCUGGCCCUAGUUGAGAAGCUCAAGGCGGAAGCGGAAGCUCAACGCCAAAGGUCCACUCCACCCACCACGCCUGGCUUUAAAAUGAUUCGUCGCAUGACCAGUCAAAGCCUCCUCUCUGGCGUAGACCGUGCCCACCGAUCGCUUACUGCGCUCAGAAACAUUGCUCAAGAGGAGCUCUCUGGUAAACCUGAAGUUCAUCAACAUUUUGAGGCCAAUUUGGAUGUAACAAUGCAUGAAUUGUCGUCUCGCAUGGAACGUCUGCAAUCAUUGGAGGCUGAGAACCAGAACGUGAAGAAAGAGAUGGAGAUGAAGGCUACUAUCAUCUCUGGUCUCACCCGGGAGCGCUCAAGUCUGCAAGGGGCCUCGUCAAUCGAUAUGGGACUUGUAACGCAAUUGCGUGACCAAGUCGUCAGCCAAGAAAAUCAGAUUCAAGUCCUGCGCGAUGCCCACGAGACCCGAGAGAGGCAGCUACUAGCUGAGAUUGAGAAUCUCAAGGCGCUGCUGAAGAGCCAGGAGGUUGCCACUCGGGCCUUGGACGCUGGCACUGAAGAGCAAGACAAGAAGAUCAAUGCUUUAGAAGGAGAAUUGACGGAAUGGAGAGUCAAGCAUAAAACGGCGCUUGAGUCUUUGCAAGCCUCCGAGCAUCAGCUCACUUCCACGCUCGCUGAGCUCGAGUCAUCAUUGGCAGUCGUGGAAACUCUCCGCUCCGAGCGAUCCGUGCCUAUUGAAUCGGCCUCCGAUCCAGAGGCGAUCGCACGAGCCCUCGACAUGGAGCGUGAGAGGCAGCAAGAGCUUGUCGAUGGUCUCAAAAGAAACAUCGAAGAACACCAAAGCACCAUUUCUACCCACAUGAAUACCAUUCGUUCCCUUGAGAAGUCUCAGGCUGAUCUUCAAGAUCAGCUUCUCACGCGAUCUGUGGCAACCAAUCCUGAGUCAGGAGGUGAUAUGGCUCGCAUCUCCGAGCUUGAACAAGAAAUUAGCGUGCACAGGUCCACAAUUGCCGAUCUCGAAGACAAGUUGGUUUCCCUGGAGAAUUCCCACCGGCGUGAACUUGAUGAGCUGGAGCAGCAAAUGCGAGCCUCACUUGUUGCGGAACGAACCCCUGAUCAGACCGAGAAAGAUGCAGAGCACGAGAAGGCCAUGGCGUCCCUGCACAAGGAGAUCGCCGACUCUCGUGAUGAAUUGGUCAAUCUUCUGAAGGCUGUCUCAUCUCUGCUCGAUGCCGAUGUCACCAGUGCCACUCUCCCGGAUCAAAUACAGGAUGUAUUAACCCAGAAGCAACACUUCUCGGAGAAGUAUGCCGAAUUGAUGGACAGCAAUGAACAUCUGAGACAGAAGGCCGGCACAAUUGACGAAUUGACUCAAAAGCAUGUCGCCCAGGAGGCCAAGGUCAAUGAAUUGGCUCUCUUGGUUGCUACUCUUGAGGAUUCACUCCGCCAGAAAGAUGAGCAAGUGAAGAAGAAGGAAGCGCUCGUGGAAGAGAUCAUGGCCGAAAAGGAGAAAAGCGUCCGCCUAGUAGAAGAGCUUGAGGAACAGAUGACCAAGAGUUUCGAUCAGCAUCACAACCGCCUUUCCAUCAUUCAGCAAGAGCGGGAUCAAGCUCUCGAAGAUGCCAAAGCCAAGAUCAUCAUUCUGGAAAGGGAUAUUGAAACCUAUCGUGUUCGCAUCGAGCAGCUUGAGCUUCAACUGAAGAACGGUACCGGCGACAUCUCUCAUGACCGCAGCAGCUCUCUGACCUCCAACCUCCGCAAGAGUGCAUCUGCAGCGUCUUUGCCUUCCCCUCCUCCCGCCAUCCCGCUACCUCCUCUCCCCACUAUUGCAUCUGCCACUAAUGGCAGUAGCAGCGUAUCUCCGCCCAAUUCUCGUCACGCCAGCAGGGAACUUGUCAGUGCUCAAAUUGUUGAGGAUCAGGAAGCCCGCAUUCGGACUAUCGAGAAGCAUUUAUACGCAGAGAAGCAGUUGACUGCCACUCUCGAGGAAGCCCUGGGCGAUCUUGAGACGCAAAGCAACAAAGUUAAAACUGACUGUGAAAGCUGGAAGAAAAAGGCUUGGGCUCUUGAGGACGAGCUUGCCAGUCUCAGGAAAGAGCGCAACUCUGCGCGACUUUCUCUUCAAGCUGUUGAAGAGGAGCGAAGCGCACGCAAAGAAGCUGAAGCUGCUCGGGCACAGCUGGAGGAGCGUAUGAAUGCACUGAAUAAGAAAAAGAAAAAGAGCACACUCAACUGCUUCUAG